GCAGAAUUUUUAAUAACUAGCUCCUACUAUUUUGGUCUAGUAUUUUAAUUUUCUGGCAAUAACUUGUUUUUGGAGAGAAAAGAGAUACUUUCUACACAACAAUGUCAGAUACAGUUGGGAAGGUUAUAAAGUGUAAAGCCGCUGUUGCGUGGAAGGCAUGUAAGCCUCUCGUCAUUGAGGAGGUAGAAGUGCAGCCACCUAGAGCUGGUGAAGUAAGGAUUCAGAUUCGCUCCACUGGUGUCUGUCACACUGAUUCUUAUACUCUUAACGGUCAUGAUCCUGAGGGACUCUUCCCUUGUGUCCUUGGUCAUGAAGGAGGGGGCGUGGUCGAGAGUAUCGGAGAAGGCGUGACCACUGUGCAGCCUGGUGACCAUGUGAUACCACUCUACAUUCCACAGUGCAGAAAUUGUAAGUUUUGUCUAAGCCCAAAGACCAAUUUGUGCUCCAAAAUCAGAGCUACCCAGGGGAAAGGACUUAUGCCUGAUGGGACCUCACGGUUUUCUUGUAAUGGGAAAACUCUCUAUCAUUUUAUGGGAACAAGUACCUUUUCUGAAUAUACUGUACUGCCGGAAAUAUCUGUCGCUAAAGUGAAUCCAGCUGCUCCUUUGGAUAAAAUCUGUCUGCUGGGAUGUGGCAUACCCACUGGGUAUGGAGCUGCUAUUAAUACUGCUGGAGUUGAGCCUGGUUCUACUGUUGCCGUAUUUGGUUGUGGAGCCGUUGGCCUUGCUGUCAUUAUGGGGUGCAAGGAGGCUGGGGCUAAGCGUAUCAUUGCUGUUGAUAUUAAUCCUGACAAACGGCAAAUUGGUAAGAGGAAAAGAUUAUUAUUAUUAUCAUUUAUUUAUUUAUUUAUAGCUCAGUCAUUUGGUGCCACUGAAUUUCUCAACCCUAAAGAACAUGAUAAGCCAACUCAGCAGGUCCUCGUGGAUCUAACUGAUGGUGGGUGUGACUACACUUUUGAGUGUAUUGGUAACGUAAUGACAAUGAGAGCUGCUUUGGAGGCGUGUCACAAAGGAUGGGGUGUAUCUACUAUUAUUGGUGUUGCUGCAUCUGGAAAAGAAAUUUCAACUCGUCCAUUCCAGCUGGUAACAGGUCGUGUUUGGAAAGGUACAGCGUUUGGUGGUUGGAAGAGCAGGGAUGGUGUCCCUCAGUUAGUUGAGAAGUAUUUGUCGGGUGCCAUGAAAGUUGACAAGUUUGUGACUCACACAUUUGACCUCACUGAAAUCAACAAAGCAUUUGAUGUCAUGCAUCAAGGAAAGAGUAUCAGAUCUGUCGUCAACUUUUGAAUAUUUAAACUGAACAGUAUUUCCCAACUCGAAUUCAAUCAUUGACUAGUUAUUAAUAGUUAUUAA